AAAAUUGCAGCUCUUCAAGAAAAGUAUUGAUCAAGAGCUUGAUCCCCAUCUAACCUUGAAGGAGAAAUCGUGCUUCCAUGUUGUUUUAUUUUUUUACUGAGAAUUGUUUGGUUAUCCCAGUUUUGUGACAGCGCUUUAAAAUUUUAAAAUCUCAGUUUUCUUAUGGAGCAAUACAUGAUAUUGCAUGGCGAUAACUAUGUUAUUUUUUAAGUGGUAUGCCUUUUUGGCUGUGGCUGAACACUGGUGUGUAGGCAAAGGGAUGCAAAAAUAAGGUGGACGCUGUUAAGCUACUAGCCCAGCCAGCACAAAGAGCUCUAAAAGACUUCUUUUAUACAUCUGCUGUAUUUCUAAAAGAGGUCUUUUCAAAGAUGCAUUUUAAAAGAUCUCUUUUAGACAUCUUUUAAAAAACAUCUUUCCAAAGACGUCUUUUAGACGUUUUUAAGAAAUUUUUUGCGACGCGUCUUUUUAAAGACGUCUUUUAGACCUUUUACAGAUGUAGAAGCGACUCAAAUGCAUCUUAAAUGGAACUUUUUAAAUGCAUCUUGAGAUAGACUUCUUUUUCCGUAGAAAGAAAUGUGCUGUAAAAUAUCAGCAACCUUUACCUUUUGCUCAUCCUCUUUUCAGGUUUCAAUCUCGGAUCACAUCUAACGGUGAAUUGGAUGCUGAAGCUUGAUGCUGUGUAUUUUCAGCAAGAUGUGGGAUAUCAUGUAGCUUCAAAAUGACCAUUGUAGCUGUUCACUAUAGCUGUUCAUUGUGUAUGGCAAAUACUUCUAGGUGACCAUAUCACAUUAUCUAUACCCCUCCAUGAAUCAGUAUUUUCCAACUGAAAAAAGAUUUCAUGACGAGGAAGAGGUUGGUGUAGAUGCAAUGAAGCAUCAUUUGGUUCAGCAUUUUUCAGAGCCUUCCAGGCUCACACUGCCUGGAACACACAUACCAUUACAUGCACAGUCAGGAAUUGAACUGUUGACAUUGGAAAAGAUGACAGGUGUUGCAAAAGCAAAAAAACUUCAGCAAACAAGAAAACGUUACAAAGAAAUUCAAAUCAAGGUUUUUAAUCUACUUGAGAGACCAAGAACAUGGUUUGGUGUAUUGUAUCACGGAGUUGUAUUUUUGCUGAUUAUGGCAAGUUUGUUUUUAAGCGUCAUAAUUACAAUGAAAGAUUUUGAAGAAGAUUUAAAUAUCCUUAAUGCUGUUUACUAUCUGGAAAUAUCUCUUGUUAUCGUGUUCAGUGUGGAAUAUAUACUUCGCAUGUGGUCCUGUUCAUGUCAUGGUAAUUACAAGGGAUUCUGGGGAAAAAUGAGAUUCAUAAAAAAACCAUACAUGGUAAUAGACAUCAUUGUGAUUGUUGCAACGACUGUUGUUGUGGCUACCACAACACAAUCGAAUAAAUCCAAUUAUUUCAGUGUGUCGGUGUUCAGAUUUCUGCGCUUUUUGCAAGUCUUGCGUAUUCUACGGUUAGACCGACAACGCGGAGCUUUCAAGAUAGUCAGCCAUGUGGUGUAUGAACACAGACAGGAAUUGAUGACAUGUUGGUAUAUGAGUUUCAUUUUACUGGUGGCAUGUUCAUUUCUGGUUUACCUUGCUGAGAAGAGUGAUGAACAGCCUGACACUGCUCAAAUGAAGGAUUUGGGUGAAGGGAUGUACUUCGCCAUUAUCACUCUUUUGACAGUUGGUUAUGGUGAUAUAUCUCCUCAAAAUUGGGUCGCAAAAAUUCUCACAUGUGUAUUUGCUUUUGUUGGCACUGCAUUUUUUGCCCUACCUGCUGGCAUCUUAGGAUCUGGUUUUGCAAUCCAGGUCGCACAAAAUCAGAAACGAAAGCAUUUCAACAGAAGAAGAUACCCUGCAGCACUUGUCAUACAGUACUCAUGGAAAUGGUUUGUGUCAAAUCAACGCAGUGACGAUUUUCCAGCUACGUGGAUACCACACCAAGUAUUAGCCCCAUUAAAAGAGAAAAAGUACUCCACAUACUCUCGUAGUCCAGGUGCAUCACCCACUGGUGGUCGACGUAGCAUGUCAUAUCUACGUAAAAAAUUUCAUUCCACACGAAACUACACAUAUGCAGAAGGAGAUGGUUUUAACUCGAGAAGAAGUUCUAUAGGUGCUACUAUACCUUCUGCUUUGGAUUUACGUGACCGAUGCCAGUCGGAAGGGAAUCUUUUACUUGUGGGUCCGCGCAAUUUCGAAGAUAACCAGGCUACUAUUGUCAGUCUACCACCUGAAUAUAGAGAAAGUGUUUUUGAUACCAGAAACGCAGGUCUUUAUAACAGCACACAAGAUAUUCAUUUUAAACCGUUGACUGAAUAUGAGAAAAAUGCAAUUCGUUUUAUCCGGAAAAUUAAAUUUCGUGUAGCUAUAAGGAAAUUCAGGGAAGAAUGUCGACCAUAUGAUGUAAAAGAUGUAAUCGAACAAUACACUGAAGGUCAGAUGGAAAUGUUUGGAUUCAUCAAAAAAUUUCAGUUAAGAUUGGAAUCUACUUUGGGCAUACGAGAAUCUGAAUCAAUUGAUCCACGGCGUACUUUAAACGCAAGACUUGGUGCAGUAGAACAUAAGGUCGACAACCUGGAUUCAAAACUGGACAGCAUCAUUGAACUAUUAACGAAUAAAAAGAAGGGUCGUUCUCAUGACGGUCAUCAUCAUCAUCGUCACCAUCACCAUGAUGAGCAUGGUCACCCAAACGAACAUUUUAACCAAUCAGGUGAUGCAGGAGACUCAGAUGUGGAUUUAUCCCACGAGUCUAUCCCAAUUGUUCACAUCCAACACAGCAAGCCGCUUGCAAGUCGAGAUGAAUAUAUGUCAAGUCCCCGCGAUCGUAAGCGAGGUAUGACAUUCCACGCAGACGAAGUCAGUAAACGGCUAGAAAAAUUGAUGUACGAAUCAACUGACAGUUCUAUAGGAGGUGUUGAAAGUAACCUAAAAGUACCUGCAGACACGCCAAAAAGAGCGUCGUCGUCACGGUUUAUCGUCACCACGACGCCUGAUCUUUUGCUGCAACGUACUAACGCCGUCGAUAUUCGCUCUGGUGAAAAUAGCAAUCGAUCAAGCACGUCCUCUUUGCCAAUUCUUAGUGAAAAUAACGUAAGCAGCCACUGCUCAAGCAAUUCUGAUGAAGGUGCUGGAUUAUCCAGUAAAUGCAAUGGGAGCGUGUUGAAGAGGGAACAUAAUUCUCAAUCUCGUAGAUGUAAACAGUGCAUAUCAAAAAGUUUAGGUAGCAUUCCCGCUGCUGCAUUUAAAGUACCGUUAGAUGAAAUGACAUUGAACUUCUCAGAAAGCGUUCCACAACUUCCUAUAACCCCUUUCAACACAGUGCCUUCUAAUAGCCUUUUGGCAAACUUAGACGAAGAGGAAGACGAUACAACAAAAAUAUCUACCAAACAAACACUUCCACCCAAUGAACAUGCUGCUAUAAAGAACACCAUCGAGUCAAGUGAACUACCUAAAGAAAAUUCGUCGAGAAAUAACCGUAUGACGAAACAGAGUUCUAUAAAUGGCCAUGUUGCAACACCAAGAGAAUCGCCUGUACAAAGUGUUCAAAAUGCUGCGCCAGUAGUUGCCAUUGUUAACCCUAAACAGACGGACGACGAGACUUCUAGUAAUGCUCAAACACCAGAAAAUAAUCUCAGUCUGGUUUAUUAAUUAUUAAUUUAGACAAAAAUUGCGCAAUUUUAUUUUUAUUUAUGUGGCAUAUAUUCCUUAAGUGCUGUAUUUUAUAAUAUGUAGGUUGUAUAAUAUUUUUUUCGUAAUAUUUAGAAUUCAA